CGUCAGUAUCGUCAGUAUCAAUGUAUCGUUCGUGAAAUUCGUGUGUAAAUUCUUCCUCCUUGUUUCUAUCCCUUCGUCACAAAUUUUCUUGCGCAAAUCUAAAAAUGUCGUAAUCAUUUGAGAAAAAAUCGAAGUGUAAAGUGUGCAGUGUGGAAAAUAAACUGAAAAGAUAGGUAAAAAAGCGAUUGAGGAAAACAGUGUUGUGUCUGGUAGUGAAAGUUUGAUCUGAAAAUAGAAGAGGACGAAGAAGAGAAAAAGAAAAACAAAGCCUGAUCGAAAGGGUAUCGCGCCCAGCUGACUAAUGUGAACUUGACGCAUCUCUUUCGUCCGCUUUGGCGGCUGCAACGAUUCGGAUCGGUGCAGGUUGAAAAACUACGAAUUGCAAAUUCGACAGGAAACGGAAUUGAGGAAUUACUGGAAUUAUUGCAGGGGUUUUUAGACCAUUUCGUUGGACUUCAACGUUAUUCGUACAUUACUCAUUCGGAUAUUCAUUCCAUCAUAGUUCUCGUACGUAUUCGUCCGGGUACCUCUACUAAAUGGUAUCAUGGUGUAUCCGGAUGAAUACUCACAGAGGACUGCCACAGAGCAGUCCACGUCGAAAAGAGUGAUCAUGGAAGAAGUGAUUGCUUUAAGUACGCAAAACCCGCUCUCUCUAUUGGUCAAAUUUGGGAUGAUGGCCUGGAACAAUACAUGCGGAAUUGAAAAUUGCUCCGGACAUGGGGAAUGUCACAAUGGCACGUGUCUCUGUGAAAUACAAUUCGAUGGGACGGAAUGUCACGUGCCGAAUUUCAGCUAUUACGUCGCGUUUGCGACCAUUUUCUUCAUUCUUGCAUUCGUCUGCUUGACCCAGCUGGUCAUGUGCAUCGUCGCCGAAUGGCAAAGAAUGAAAGCACCCUCGUUCUUGCGCGCCUGUCGUGUAACUACGCAAAAAGUAUUAUAUUUCGUUGUCUUUUUGGCGGCAUCGAUAAGAGGAGCAUAUUUUACGUCCCCGACUGCAUUCAAAGAAGGGUGGUCGAGAAGUCUUUUGUCGGCUUAUUAUCCUUUGCUACUCAGUGGCUCGUCUCUAAUCGUUUGUUUUUGGGCCGAAGUUUUUCACAUUCGCAACAUUCGCACUGACAAACCACAAUUCUUGUCUAAAUCGUUUUUCGGUUUCGUUGUUUUUAAUCUCAUUACUUAUUCUCUCUUACUCGCUGAAUUUGUUACCGCCCAGAUAAACUCUCGACAAGAUCAGAGCUUCUACACUCACAUUUUUAAUGGUUGCUAUGCUGUUCUCCUCUUUAUCGUCGUUAUUUUCUUUCUAAUUUACGGAGUCGAAGUUUUCUUCAAGGUUCGUGGCGGUUUUUUGAGUGAGCAUCAUGUGGCUUCAAUUGCAACUAACGUUCGAACACCAACCGACCCAAAAGCCCAAGAAGAGGAUCCAGUCACGGCGAAACUAUUCGAGCCCAUUCCAACGACUUCGGCUGAGGCCAUGAAUCUUGAGCAACAAAUCAACACUUCUCAGCUCCAUCAGUCUAGAUUCGGAUUGCUUUCUCAGGCUUUUAUGCUGUUCAUCGUCGUUGGUUUUUUGUUCAGCGAGACUCUCAGCGAAUUUUGGAAAACAAAAGUUCCGUUGUACAGCAGGAAUUGGCAUGAUGUUGUUUUUCGAGUCAUUGAAGUUGGUGUAGCUUUGUGGUUCCCCUGUGUUCUGUGGAAUUGUAUGAGUCCGGAGCAAUUAUGGAUACUAAACCCGAAGCGAAUUUUGAAGAAAUUGGAUCUCGAUCAGACGAAAGUGACGAAAGAGAUCGAACUGCAGGAGAAAAAUGCAAUUGACGGUAGAUUAUUGCCGGACAAUUGCUCGAUCGGCAGUAAGGAUUGUUGGAUUUGUUAUGACAAUGAGACCCAGGACGCUGGGCCGUUGAUACAGCCGUGUCAAUGCAGAGGUGACGUUAGUGCUGUCCACCACGAUUGUCUGAGACGCUGGCUCGUCGAGAGUUCAAUGAACGCGGACAGCUUGUCGUGCAAAGUAUGCGGUACAAAGUACAACGUGGAACAUGCUAGUCGUUUGGAUUGGCAGAACGGUUUGACGCCGCGUCAUUGGGUACAAACAAUUGCGAUUGUUACGACAAUGUGCGGUUCGUCCGCCGCUGCUUGGGUACUCAUUCAAUUAGUCGAAGGGCCGAUAAUUAGGAUGCUAGCGGCUGGCACCGCACUUUUGGUCAUGUACGUCUGCAUCAGAUUUUUGAGCCUGAACACGGUUGUAGCAUAUCAACGUGCCAAAAUAUCAGCUCUAAAUAUCGUCAACGCCGAGAGUACUAGUGCCGCCAGUCCUCAGGUCACCACCAUAAGUCAUACAAUCGCUGUAGAUUUAGCUAAGACCGAAAUGGUCACAUCAUAAAAGAAAAUUCAACAUAAAAAUACUGAAAGAAGGGAGAAAAAUUUCAACGAAACUUCGUGGUUUUGUUCCCAGUGUUGCCCAAUUUUAAUUAUACGAAAAUUCUAUAACUAUACAUUUCCAAAAGUAAAUGGAUUAUAGUUUAGCGGUCUAUCGGUAGGUUAGGGUAUCUUUUGUCACCCUCGCGACAGCUUCGAGACUCAAAAACCAAAGGUUUUCGAUUUGACUUCUCCGUUAAAUUGUAUGAAUUAUCCCGCGAAUAACGAGCCAAAAUAUUCUCGUGUCAAUCCAAACAAGUAAUGAGAGAUCGAGUUAUUUCAGUUGCAAUAUUAACCACCCACGAAUAGAAGCUGUAUAUCAGAACAUUGAUCAAGGUGUUGCGAUACCACUUAAAAAGCUUUUUCUUAAGCACGAAUGUUUGAUAGCGCAAAAUUAACCUUCCGAUGUCUUUUGAGACUGAAAUUGAUAUUUUGAGGGCAAAUAGUGUCUCUUGAGUCCAGUUUAAACAGUGCUGAAAUUUAUGUGCGUCAUUUUUUUGAUCGAUAUAGGAUUUAGCCAUUCUUCAGUUACGUUUUGACUUUUAACAUGAGGUUUGAGCUGGAUAUGGCAUUGAGGUUUGUUUCGAAAGAUCAACAAGAACUUGGAUAUGUUUGAAUUUUGAAAAAAAACCUCAACUGGCAAGUUUCAAGAAUUUGUUCAGGAAGAAAUACUACGUAAAUAGUUUGUCAGUUCUGGCAAUUUUUACCACUUUCUUACUCGAAUUAGAAUCUCUGUAAUAAAUUUUUUUUUUCACAAACUCAUUGCCACAAACUGCGAUCCUGACUCAUUCUGCGACGUCGUUUAUUCCACAUCGUAAGAAAAAUAAGAAUUUUUUCUCUGUACUCAGUAGUUAAACUCAAAAGCCAUUCAAGUAUUGAUUAACGAAAAAGAAUAUAAUUGAAGCGUAGCUCGACGUAGUGCACCGAUCCCUUGUCCGAAAUAAGUUUCGUGACAAUGUAUUCAUAACUAUCGUUCUUAUGUUUUUAUCCACAUAGCCGUUACUUGAGAUUGAGCUCGCCAUUGUGAAUUCAAAGGGUAUAAUGUAAUAUUUCAUUAUUACAGGGUUCGGUGGAAAAGGAAGAAAUUAAUGAUAAAACUUCGAGGUUUUUUCCCAAGCAGAAUCUUUGAGUCGUAGAUUCAAAAAAGUCUAUCGGUUGAUUCCAGUUAAGACGAUUUAAUGUUACCAAUAGAAUAGUUGGUAGAAAAAUUAUAAUCAGUAUAAACCAGUCAUGAUCAAUGUUUUGGAAAAUCUCAAAAUAACCAAGCAAAAACACACAGUUUAAAGUGAAUUAUAACAGAAGAAAGACCAGAGGACAUUCGAACGAAAAUCAACUUAAAAUAAAACUAAAAAUUAAUCGUUAUUAAAUACAACAGGGGAAUUGCAAAUUUUAUACUGACCGAUCAAAUAAUCUUGUGGAGUAGUGUUUUGUUUUAUUUUUUUGAGAAAUAUCUAAUCCGGUAUUAAGUUUUUCAUCAAACGACGCUGAGGUUUCUGUUAACAAAAACAAAUUAGAAAAUACAAACAGUAAUUAAGACCAAUUGAAAAAGGCAGGUUUCCCACCGAAUUUUUCGCUUAUCUAAUUUAGCCUUUUCCUCGCAGUAAGGACACUCGAUUGUUCGUAAUCCAAAGGUUUGUUCAACGUACAAAUGUGAAUCGAUAUCGAAUUGAAAAAUGAAAAAAUUUGUAUAAAAAAUUAAAAAUCUCGAAAAAUGUUACAUCGAUUAAAAAAAAACGAGAAAUACCUUUCUCUGGUAUUACAGACGACGUGGGCUUGUGCGAUUACGAAUAUUGUUUUAUUAUUAUUAUGUUUAUUUGUAAGUUGAAAAAAUCAAAAUUUUUUGUUUAUUCAAUCGUAUAUUCAAUACUUCAAUAAUUAUGUCAAAAUCAAUAAUUAUGAUAUUUUUUCAUUUGCGUAUUUUGAAAUACUUCAACCAUGAUUUCGCCAUGAGUAUUGAAUUUUUUUCUGUAUUCAAUGUAGAUCGUGGGGAAACAACAUUUUGUCGGUGUUAGGAGUCAUUCAUAUAUAAUUUUUGAACGUUUCUUUGGUGCUCAGUAAACCGUACUUUCUUCAUUUGUACAAAACAUUUUGAUGCACUGAACGUUAUCCUUGGAACGUUAAGAAAACUUUUUCCCACCUCGAGUACUAAUGAAAUAUUUUUAUUAAUAUUUCCAUUAUCAAUAAUCAUUAUGUUUAUUGUUAUUAUUACUUUCGUACGUAGCUGGACACUUCUUCGCAGAGUAAUAUUAUGAUAAUUAUAUAGUCAUAAGCUGUGAUAUUGAGAGUGUAUGAGACCUAUAGGAGACCCCUCGAAUAAAUGAAACGUCGAACACGA